ACUUUUUAUUUAAAAAUUACUCUAGAAAAGUUAUACCAAACUUUUAAAAUUAGCCCUAGUUUUGGAGAGAAAGAACCACGCAAGGACAAGACAUGGAGACAAACUUCCAAACCAUUAACCAACAUGGUAGCUUAAUGUAUGUAACAAAAAUGUAACAAAAACAUUGAGACAUAGAUUGCUUAACUUUGAUAUGUUCUUAUUCUUUUCCUUUAAUAUGUUCUUAAGCAAUUGAUUUUAUUAUCAUCCUAUACUAUUCUCCAUGGUUAAUAUUACUAUAAAGUUUUCUUCUUUCAAUCACAUCAAUCUACGCUUAUAUUAUUGAUGUGCAUCUUCCAUUCCGAGAUUCGAUCGGUAGGAGAAGCUCAAUUUGCAGAGAUGAGUUCAAGAGAUGGAAAGGAAGAGAGAAGGGUCGGAGAUCAGAAGCAAUCAGUUGGUGCCAUUUUUAGAUAUGCUGAUUGGGUUGAUGUUUUGCUUAUGUUUUUGGGCACAAUUGGAGCAAUUGGAGAUGGAAUGUCCACCAACUGUUUGCUGGUUUUUGCUAGCAGUCUUAUGAACAGUUUGGGGAAUGGUAAAGUCCAUGACAACUUCAUGGAUAAUGUGGAGAAGUGCAGCUUAUACUUUGUUUACUUGGGGCUUGCUGUGAUGAUCGUGGCUUUUAUGGAAGGGUAUUGUUGGAGUAAAACCAGCGAGAGACAAGUAAUGAAAAUUCGACAUAAAUAUUUGGAAGCAGUACUGAGACAAGAAGUAGGGUUUUUUGAUUCACAAGAAGCAACUACAUCAGAGGUUGUCAACAGUAUAUCAAAAGACACCUCUCUCUUACAAGAAGUUCUAAGCGAAAAGGUCCCAUUAUUUGUUAUGAACUCAUCGGUGUUCUUUUCGGGGCUGGCUUUCUCGACCUACUUUUCUUGGAGAUUAGCAAUAGUAGUGUUUCCAACACUAUUAUUACUGGUAAUUCCAGGAGUAACGUACGGCAAAUAUUUGGUAUAUUUAACAAACAAGAGGCGUGAGGAGUAUGGGAAAGCAAACGCCAUAGUUGAACAAGCGCUAAGCUCCAUAAAAACCAUAUAUUCAUUCACAGCUGAGAAGAGGGUUUUGGAGAAUUAUAGAACCAUCUUGGAUAGAACAACGAGGUUGGGGAUAAAGCAAGGCAUUGCUAAAGGGUUGGCUGUGGGCUGCUCGGGGCUGGCAUUUGCUAUAUGGGCUUUGAUUGCUUGGUAUGGCAGCCGUUUGGUGAUGUAUAAAGGCGAAAGUGGUGGCAAAAUCUAUGCUGCUGGCAUCUCCUUCAUUUUGGCUGGCUUGUCGCUGGGAGUGGCACUUCCGGAUUUGAAGCACUUGACAGAGGCCUCAGUGGCAGCAUCGCGAAUAUUUGAGAGGAUCGAUCGGAUUCCAUUGAUUGAUGGAGAAGACACAAAAGGCCUUGUUCUUCAAAGUCUCCAAGGCCAAAUUGAAUUCGAUCGCAUCACAUUUGCAUAUCCCUCACGCCCCGAUUCAUUCGUCCUCAAGGAUUUCAAUCUCAAAGUCGAUGCUGGAAAAACCGUCGCCCUCGUCGGCGCCAGUGGGAGCGGCAAGUCCACCGCCAUUGCUUUGUUGCAACGUUUUUAUGAUGCGGAUGAUGGAGUUUUGAAGAUCGAUGGCGUCGAUAUCAAGACAUUGCAGCUUAAAUGGAUUAGAGGGAAAAUGGGUCUCGUCAGUCAGGAGCAUGCUCUGUUUGGAACUUCGAUUAAGGAGAACAUUUUGUUUGGGAAGCUCGACGCCUCCAUGGACGAGAUUAUGGGUGCAGCCAUGGCGGCCAAUGCUCAUAAUUUCAUUACCCAGCUUCCUGAAGGGUACGAGACGAAGGUUGGGGAAAGAGGGGCUUUUCUAUCUGGUGGACAAAAGCAGAGAAUCGCCAUAGCUAGGGCAAUCGUUAAGAAUCCUGCCAUUCUCCUGCUUGAUGAAGCUACCAGUGCUCUUGAUUCUGAAUCAGAAGCAUUGGUCCAAAAUGCGCUCGAUCAAGCUUCUCUGGGAAGAACCACUCUGGUAGUUGCACAUAAGCUAUCUACAAUCAGAAAUGCAGACCUUAUAGCUGUUGUAAGUGGUGGCUGUGUAGUUGAAAUUGGUUCCCACGAUGAUCUUAUCAACCGAAAAGUUGGUCACUAUGCAAAACUAGUGAAAUUGCAGCGACUAACAAGCUAUGAUGAUGUUGAACAAAACAUAGAAAUACAUACCUCUUCGGUUGGAAGAAGCAGUGCAAAAUCAAGCCCAGCAGUCUUUGCAAUAUCACCACUGCCUAUGGAGACCCCUCAAUCAACUUCUCCUAAGCCACCUUCCUUUAUUCGUCUCUUAUCUUUAAACUCUCCAGAAUGGAAGCAAGCGCUAACUGGAAGCUUCUCAGCUAUAGCUUUUGGGGCAGUGCAGCCUAUAUAUGCACUCACCAUUGGAGGUAUGAUAUCAGCUUUCUUUGCUCCAAGCCAUUACGAAAUGCAAGUUCGAAUCAGGACGUACUCGUUGAUUUUCUGUUCAUUCACUCUGAUAUCCAUCAUUUUGAACCUUGUUCAACAUUAUAAUUUCGCGUAUAUGGGCGAGCAUUUGACGAAAAGAAUUCGACUGAGGACACUUGAAAAGAUCUUGACAUUUGAAACAGCUUGGUUUGAUAAGGAGCAAAAUUCUAGUGGAGCUCUGUGUUCAAGAUUGAGCAAUGAGGCUUCCUUGGUCAAGUCUCUUGUAGCUGACAGAGUUUCUCUAUUAGUUCAAACCACUUCAGCUGUGACCAUAGCAAUGAUCCUUGGUCUAGCAGUGGCCUGGAAGCUCGCCCUUGUUAUGAUAGCCGUCCAGCCACUCACAAUUCUCUGCUUUUACACACGGAAAGUCCUCCUCUCAACCAUUUCCACAAACUUCAUCAAGGCACAGAAUCAAAGCACACAAAUAGCUGUAGAAGCAGUGUAUAAUCAUAGAAUAGUAACAUCCUUCAGCAGCAUUGGGAAAGUCCUUGAAAUCUUCGACAAAGCACAGGAGGCACCAAGAAAGGAAGCUAGAAAGAAAUCAUGGUUUGCAGGGAUUGGCAUGGGGUCUGCUCAAUGCCUAACAUUCAUGUCAUGGGCAUUGGAUUUCUGGUUUGGUGGAACACUCGUGGAGAAAGGUCAAAUAUCUGCAGGGGAUGUGUUCAAAACUUUCUUUAUCUUAGUAAGCACCGGCAAGGUCAUUGCCGAGGCUGGCAGCAUGACAACACAUUUAGCCAAGGGCUCAGCAGCUGUUGCCUCAGUGUUCGAGAUUCUCGACCGAAAAUCACUCAUUUCUGAUCCAUCAAAGGAAGGGAGAGGGAGGAAGUUGGAAAAGCUAAAAGGGAAUAUAGAGAUGAAGAGAGUGGAUUUUUGGUAUCCAAGCAGGCCAAAUAACAUGGUGCUGCGCCAAUUCAGCUUGGAAGUGAAGGCAGGGACGAGCGUUGGGCUAGUUGGGAAAAGUGGGUGUGGAAAAUCAACUGUAAUUGCUCUGAUACUGAGGUUCUAUGAUGUGGGGAAGGGAUGGGUGAAAGUGGACGGUGUGGAUAUCAGAGAAAUGGAUCUUCAAUGGUACAGGAAGCAUGUGGCACUUGUAAGCCAAGAGCCAGUGAUUUAUUCCGGCACCAUACGCGACAACAUCCUCUUUGGAAAGCUCGACGCUUCUGAGAAUGAGGUUGUGGAGGCCGCCAGAGCCGCCAAUGCCCAUGAGUUUAUCUCGUCAUUGAAAGAUGGUUACGAGACAGAAUGUGGGGAAAGAGGAGUGCAACUCUCAGGAGGACAGAAGCAGAGACUAGCUAUAGCCAGAGCCAUAAUUCGAAACCCAACAAUUCUGUUGCUGGAUGAAGCAACCAGCGCUCUGGAUGUUCAAUCUGAGCAAGUUGUGCAACAAGCACUGGAUAGAAUUAUGGUAGGAAGGACGACCCUCGUCGUGGCCCACCGCCUGAACACCAUCAAGAAGCUGGAUUCCAUUGCCUUUGUGGCUGAUGGAAAGGUGGUUGAGCAAGGAUCCUAUGCUCAACUCAAUCACCGAAGGGGUGCUUUCUUUAAUCUUGCUAACCUCCAAAUUCACCCCUAACCCUCAACCUCUACAGUUUUAGCUGUGCUUCAAAUUUCUACUUGCUUUGCUUGUGGAACCAGAUCAUUUAGGACUCUGCAUUGGCGUUUUGGUCUUGAGAUAGCCAAAGCUAAGAUGUUGUAUAGUGAUGUACAAUUAGGUUGUAUAGUCUGGAAAUGUAUUGUGUUGUCCAAAUUGCUACUUAGGGGCUCAUACAGUGAGCGAAUUAUAAAUAUUGGUAUGUUGAAGAACUACUACCUGUUUAGCCCAAGUAAAGCAGAUUUUCCAUUUUUGUUAGUGGGUUCUGUACAUGUUUUUGGUGCAGUGUGGUGAGAACAGUGAGCAAAACAAAGAUGGUUUGCUACCUCUAUCAGUUAUGGAAGAGAACAGGGUGGAGCUAUUAGAAUCUUCCCUUCCAGACAUCAAGAUUUU